GAGCAGUUUUUUACUUCAUGGAGAGAACAACACAUUGGUUCCUUUGGCAAAUAUUUGUUUUGGCCUGAUUUAAGGAAGGACUUGACGGGAAAGAGGAAAAAUGAAGAUAAUUACAGCGGAUCUGAAAACAAUACAACGCAACAUGUUAUCAUCAUGACUAAGACAGAGGCAAUGAAAGAUAGUGGUAAACAUAGCAUUUUGGCUUCAGAUAAAACAGCCAGUGACAGUAUACACGAUACGGAAGAGUUUCGUGAGCUGGAACAAAUGUUAAAGUGCAAGGUGUGUCUUGAUGCAGAUUUAUGCACAGUUUUCUUACCGUGCCGCCAUAUGGCUGUCUGUGAGCGUUGUGCAGAUGUCCUUGAGCAUUGUCCAGUAUGUCGGGCAACUAUCGAAAAUUCUAUUGAACUAAAUUUUGAGUAGUUAUUUUCUGAAAAGUUUUUUAUAUCUGAACUGCGUAUUGUUACAAUACUUGGGACAACACAUUAAAGAAGAUGUUAUUGAACUUAAAAAUGAUCUUUAUUGGCUCUAGACACUCAAAGCCAAAUGUGUGAUUUUUGCUAAAAUCAGCAAUAACUUUAUGUUUGUUGAUUUGAUUUAUACUUGAGAAAAACAUUACUUAUUGAAAAAAUACGAUUUACUCGGAGAAUUAAAUCACGCAAUUCUCAUGGUGUCGUUUCCUUUGUUAUUGCCAUCCUCACACUUUAAAAGUGGUCAUACUUUUUUUAAUUUUUCAAUGGAUUAUCUUCAUUCUUAGACACAAGACGCUCUAGUAGAUUGAUCAUGACUUUUAUUCAUAAAUGAUCUUGACCUUUCAAAAAUCUCUUUUAUUAAAAAUUUUGCUUUGCGGUUAUAGCUUUGUUUACUACAUGUAUGAACGGAUUGUCUUCAUACUCUAAACAUUCAUGUGGACAAACCUUAAAGUAACCUAAACUGACAGUAAACUUAAAUUAUCUAUGACAUUGACCUUGAAGAUCAAACCAAACUUGACCUUGGCUAAUGAAUAACAUGAAUUCGAAGGUUAAAUAAUUGUUAUUCAUUUUUUUUGCUGAAUAUUUAAAAGAAUAGCCUUGAACUUUGAAUGUUAUUGCCUAUCAUUGUCAACUUAUAUUUUUGGUUAUUCAUAUAGAUCUAUACAAAUAUGGUUCAUACUUGGACAGAAAUAUACUCCUGACCAAACCGACAAUUUUAAUUAUUCAAAUAUGACUUUGUCCAUCAAUUGAACUUUGCUUAAAUCAUUACUUAGGACUUAUGAUAAAACCGACUUGUUAAAUUAUUGAAAUAUUGCGUCGGCCCUUAAAUGGUCUUGACCAUCAAAUUCAAUGUUUUACAUAAAUUGACAUAAAAUUGUUAUUUACUUAAAAACGUUUUCAGUAGUUUCUUUUGUGCACAUUUAAAUACACGUCCAUGAAAGAUAAUCACGGAUAAUUACUCGCCAAAAAGAAGGCAGUUGAAUACUACUCUGAUAACUGUUUGAAUUUCGGCUAUAAAAAGGCAAGAUUUUAGCAUGUUAUCAUUCAAGCCCCUUGUCCGAUAUAUACCGGAAUAUGGUAUUUAGUGUGGUGCUCCAUUCCUUUUUUAGUCUCACUCCUAUUUAUCACAGUUAUCGUGCCACUUUUGCAACUCCGCAAAAACUGUACAAACAAAUAAUGAUUUAUUAAUACAGAAUAAAUAGUUCUUUAUGUUCAUGAGGGUCGAUUAGAUAACAUCAGAUAAACGAUAUCUCCUAGCGUUAGUAUGACAACAUUGAUGAUGAUUCUACGCAUGUUACCCCGCCCACUUGUGGAAGUGACGAAAGUGCGUCGCCACUUGAUUACUAGCAGACAAGUGGGCAAAGAGGUUUGAAAUGAUAUAUCUAAAAAAUGUUGAAUAAAAAAUGAUCAAAUUUUCUUUUUUUUCUCAAUACUUGUUUACUGUUCUCGUAUGUUAGUCGAAUGAAGAAAUAAUAUGGCCUUAUACAACUUCUUUUAAAAACAUGAUUAGUAUAACAUCAAAAGAAAUAGAAAUUUAUGUUUUGAUGUAUAUAUUCAAGUCAUAUAUAACAAUGCAUUUGGUAUAAAACUGGUAUUUCUUAAGAAAUAGUUGUUAUUUUGACAGUUGGCUUAUGCGGUUACCAUGGAAACUGCCCGUUUACAAAAAAAACUAACACGUCAAUAUAUAUUUUUAUUUCUAUUUUUGAUUUCACUAUAAAAUUUUCUUGAUAUAUGAAAAAUGUAAAAAAUUCUGUGAAAGAAAUUUUCCAUAUCUUAUAAUUAUUAACAGGACUCGUGUUUAAUUUUUCAUUUUGUGCUCAGUUAAACAGCAUGAAAACCUCAUUUUUUAAAGAAAUAUGUUCAGAUUAUAGUUUGUUUCAUACGGAAUCCUUAGAUAAAGCAAGUUUUGUUUAACAUUAUGCUUGUUGUGUGUUUAUUAAGCUGUCUUAUACAUUUGAUAAAACACAGUCUGGCUUUUUUGACAGUUUUGAGAUAUACGGUUAACAUGGAAACUGCCUGCAAUUUUACAAAAAAAAUAAAACAUCCAAUAUAUUUUUCUUUUCAUUUCUGAAUUCGUCAUUACUUUUUACUCAUUAUAUAAAAAAAUACAAAAACCUAUGAAAGAAUUUUUUAUAUCUUUAAUUACUUACAGAAUUCAUGUUUAUUGUUAAGUUAAGAAGCAUGAAAAACUUUUUAAAGAAAUACAUGUAUGUUCAGAUUAUCGUUUUCUAUACAGAUCACUUAGAUAAAGCUAGUUUUGUAUAAAAAUAAUGCUUGCUGUCUUAUA